UUUCUCACGGCUAAUCGAUUUGCGUCUGUUUGCAGCAAUCAUGCCAGGGACAAGCUGAUGACUAUCGAUGUCUGCAAUGAUGUGACAAUAAAGAUACCUCCUUCCACUCUCUGAUAACUCUGGGAUUGUCUCUAUUACACACAGUGCUUCCCAAUAAUACACAAUUCAAGGAUCAAACCGCGCAAAAAAAAGCAACGUCAAACCGCCGACCGUGGUCGGCGUCGUGGAAAUCGGUGCCAAAAGUCGACAGAGACAAGCCGUACAAGCCAGCCCCGCGAAAGUGUGUCAAAGAGGAACCGAAGGGGGUGAAAUCGUGAGAGAUAGAGAAAGGGAAAAAUAUAUAGACGCAGCGAGAAGGAUCAGGCCGGAUAUCUUGAGGAACGGGGAGGACAGGACGGGCGGAUACGUGCUAAGGCGUGUCGAGCCGGAAACACGAACGGGCAUCACGAGUACAGGGUGGUGGUGACGCAGGCAGAGCGGUGGUGGUGGUGGUGGUGGUGGCGGCGGGGCAGGCAGGUGGCGGGAUCUAAGCCGGAAUAAGAGCAGUUAGAAUGGGCAACAAGCUCUCCUGCAGUUGCGCACCCCUAAUCAGAUCAAAGACGUAUCGUUACGAGGACAGCCCAUGGCAGGCCGGUGCCAGAGGCGGGAUGGGCGGCGGCGGAGGACGCAGGGGGGACACUGGCCACUUGCUCAGGUGCGGAAGCUUAAGAGACAGGAAGAGGCUUUGGGCCGAAGUGUUCCAUGUAAACUCGAGCGGGGGUGGGAGCAAAUGGCAGCAGGUGUCCGAGGAUUUGGUCCCGGUGAACAUCACCUGCAUCCAAGACUCGCCGGAAUGCGUCUUCCAUAUCACCGCGUACAAUAGCCAGGUCGAUAAGAUUCUAGACGUGCGGUUGGUCCAGCCAGGUACGCGUAUCGGCCAAGCAUCGGAGUGCUUUGUCUACUGGAAGGAUACAGUGACAAAUGACACGUGGGGGCUGAACUUUACGUCUCCCAUAGACGCAAAGCAAUUCAGAGAAUGCUGCUCACCAUCGUUCAAGAUUUCAAGGAAAGCGUCCUCUUCUUACUCGUUGAAGCUCGAGCCACCGAACAAGCAGAAGAUCAAAACACGCCGAAAGCCGCUGUCGACACCGGCCUCACCGAGCCGAUCCAGGGAACCUCAGUGUACCUGUAUGACGCCGGAACAAUAUGCCCGACUGCGCAGCCAAGAUACCAGAUACCGAAGUCCAUGCGGGCCGUCUACACUUCCACGGACCAUAGGGCGAUCCACGGAAAUGGAUAUGACGCCGGGACGAGACAAGAUAACAGCGGCCACAUCCAGCGCGUCUCUCUAUGACAACGUUAAUAAUACUAGUGCGACACCAGGGAAAACACCAAAGGCCGGCGACUCAGCCAAGCAGAAGGAGAAACAGAACGAGACAUGUCAGACGACUCCGAAGACUGCCAACAUUGGAAUCGGAACGGUCACAGUAGGAUCGCAGAUCGACAGCCCAGACGAAAAAUCUACGAUAUCGCCAAAGAAACAGAAACAAAGUCAGGACACGUCCACGCAGCAGAAUGGCAUCGAAAUGCUAAAGUCAGAAGGCACCCAGGCCGGCGGCACUUUGCAAAUUAAGUCGUUGCGCAAGGAGCAGCUCCAUCACACCAAGUCGGCCGAUUACACUGAGCUGGAGAUGCAGAACGGCAAUCUCUUCAAUAUUGUCAACAACAAUCACGGUCAUAGAUCGAAGAGCAAGAGCACCGACGACAUGCGAAUCGAGAAUGCACAGAACGGCGGCAUCAGCUUGGAUUCGAAUACCCUGAAACGUAUGCUAAAGCCGAUGCCGAGUAUCGACAGCCCGGUGACGUCGCCGGAGAUGACGAGGAAACGUCACAGCCACCACAGUUAUCACUACCAUCCGAGCAAUAACAAUCAGAAGUACAUGAUGCAGGAGAUUGACAACGAGAAUUAUGCGCAUCCGUAUCGCGCGCCUUACAACAACAAGUUCCAGAGUUCCAGGAGCGCCCAUGACAUGAGUCGGCAAUACUCCGGCGGCAGAGGCAGGACGUACUUAGAUUCGGAACGUAAUCGGUGCACAGGUGACAUGUCGCCGCCUUCGGAUAAUGUCAUCUUCGACAACCAGUGCUAUGCCACCACACCGAGUUCGUCGAACGGCAACUCCGACAUGGAGCAGCCAAACCACUGCAACUCCCGCCGCUGCAACGGCGGCCAGACAUAUCAGCAGAGUAUGCAGUCGGUGUCGACGCCGGGCAGCCCGACCAGCCGGCUGCUCCUUGAAUACGAAAUGCAUCUCAGGAACACUCUCGCCAAGGGCAUGGACGCAGAGAGCUAUAGCCUGCGCACGUUUGAGGCUCUACUCACGCAGAGCAUGGAGAACUUGGAAUUUGCGGAAAACAUACCGUUGAAUGUUCAGCGCACGCCUCACGCUUCACGAAGACGUUCCAAUUCCAACAAGUCGUCGACCCUGCCGCUGUCGUACCGCUACUGCAACGAAAGACAGAACAGCAAGGACCGAGAUGGCUAUUACAGUGAUCGCAACGAGAUGGUGAGAGAGAAGAGAGAGCGAGACCCCGAUCGGGAUCGCGGCUAUCUCAGCGACUACAAUUCUAGAUGCGCCAGCUGCAUCGGGGAGUCCGCGCGCGCACAAUGGUUCCGGCAUUCCGACGGAUGGCAGUCGGGUAGCUCGACCUUCGGCUCCGGCGCUUCGAGUUCGAUAAAUCCAGGCUAUUCGGGACACAAAAGAGAAUCACCCUGGGAUUCUCUACCGUCCCUGAGACACGAGGGCAGUCUCAACGACAGCGGUUACAAGUCCAACCGGACUGACUCGCUCGAGCAAAGAGGUACUUUCGACAGACAGGACAGCGUCAGAUCUGAUUACAUGUCCGACCGAGAUGGCAGAUACGGAAUUGUUCAACAAGCUUCAUUGGAGAGCACCGACUCGAGGCUCUGCUACUUGACGUCUUCCGAAAUGUCGGACGAUGAUAGGAUGUCUCUCACCACUGCCGUCAGCGAUGAUGACGACGGUGAGAGUGCUAUAAAUUCGCCCUAUCGGAAACAGACCGGCACGGCUGCAGCUUCGUUCAAUUGCACCGGUGCAGUUCGGAAGGCAGGAUUUCUCAGCGUGAAGAAAUGGUUGUUGCGCAAGAAGCAUCAGAUCGAGCUAGCUAAAAAGAGAGCUGGGGGGGGGGUUGGGGAAGGCUGGAGGGGUUAUUGGGUUUGCUUGAAGGGCACCACGCUCCUCUUCUAUCCCUGCGAUUCACAGGAGAGUAGGGCCAUGGAGGCAGCACCUAAACACCUGAUCAUCGUCGACGGUGCGAUCAUGCAGCCGAUUCCCGAACAUCCAAAGAAAGAUUACAUAUUUUGCCUGAGCACCGCAUUUGGGGACGCCUAUCUGUUCCAGGCGCCGUGUCAAGUGGAGCUGGAGAACUGGGUGAAUAGUAUUCACUCGGCGUGCGCCGCCGCGUUCGCGCGUCAUCGCGGCAAAACCGGCACGCUGCACCUACUGCAGGAGGAGAUUUUCCGUCUGGAAAAGGCGAUCGAAUCUGACCACAAGAUGAAGCAUAUGGCGGAUCUUCAGCAAUCAGUGGUUUCCGAUGUCGACACCAAGCAGCAGAUCAACAAUCAAAUAGUACAGUGGGAGGAGAAUCUGGAACGGCUCCACUGCGAGCAAUUCCGCCUGCGGUGCUACAUGGCCAGUUUGCAAAGUGGCGAACUACCCAAUCCGAAGAGUCUACUGACGCACGUGUCUCGCGCCACAAAGCAAACGCUAAACAAGCUAGGCGUGUUCACGGUGUCGUCCUUCCACGCGUUUAUCUGCGCGCGUAGCCCGUCCCUGCUGAAUAAUUUAUUGGCUGGGGGGGGGGGGGAGUCAAGAUCGAAUAGCGGCUCCAGUAGGCGCUCGCUGCAGAUCUCGUCCAGGGACGAGGAGAAGAGCGUGAAGGUGUCCGUGCCGGAAAAUCAGCUGGUCUCGGUGUUCCUACGUGACGCUAUGACCGUGGAGGAGUUCCUAGCGAGCGCGUGCACCAGAAAGAAUCUCAAUCCGAUGGAGCACUUCGUGCGCGUCAAAAAGCGCCGGGAUAUGGAGGACCAUAAUUACUUUGUGCCACAUAGAACUGAUUUGAUAGAAACCUAUUUGCAUACGCACGAAAUCGUGGAAGUCUGUGCCAAGAUUUUAUAUCAAGUGGAAUUGCAAAGAAACACUUUAGAACAAAUGUGGGGCUUCUCCGUCGAGGCGGAGCUCAUAGAAAACUCCGAUAGGCAGGAUGAGCUUUGCUGCUACGUUAGUAGAGUGGAAGACAAGAGUGUCGCCAUGCAAAACGGAAUCAUUAAGGGCGACGAGAUUAUGGUAAUCAACGGCGCCAUCGUGAGUGACCUGGAUAUGAUGUACUUGGAGAGUGUUCUACAGGAGGAGGUGGGUCUCUGUAUGAUGAUGCGAUCCUCCAGGACGGAGCCACCGGAUCUCACAGGCAUUAUGCGAGUUACCGAUGACAUAAUUGAGAGCCUGGUCUGUCCGCCGCCGCCUACCGACCCACCAGUAAUCAGUGAAGAAAUGAUUUCCGGUCUGAUUGUGCCGGCACCCGGAUGGAGCAAGGAGAACAUUAUGCAAGAAUGCUCGUCAGCCAGCCACGCGGAUAACAAACAAAGCUCGCGCACAAAUUCCUUUGAGAUUGAGAACCUUUUGAAAACUGCCGAGCAAGUGACAGUAAUCUGUCGUUCUCCAGGUGAGACCAGAAAGUCAAGUCCUACCGGAAGUGUAGUCAGUUCCCACUCACAGGCUCUCACGCCAAGCCGGCAGCUAAGCGACGCUGAGAAGCUGAAGAAAGUGAUUUUAGAACUGAUUGAGACUGAACGGACUUACGUAAAGAAUUUAAAUAAUUUGCUGGAGAACUAUUUGGAACCCCUUAAACGCGAGACCUUCUUGUCGAACGCGGAGAUCAACGCGCUGUUUGGUAAUAUUCAGGAAAUCGUCACAUUUCAACGACAGUUCCUGCAAAAUCUCGAUCACGCCAUCGAGAUGGAGGCCGAUUUCAACAGUUUUGACCAUCCGAGUCAAUUUAAGGGAGUCCUGUUUUCCAUUGGAAGUGCCUUCUUAUAUUACGUAAAUCACUUCAAGCUAUACAGCUCGUUUUGCGCCAGUCAUUCGAAGGCUCAGAAAGUUUUACAUCCAAACGAGGGAAAUCAAGCUUUACAAGAGUUCCUGCAAGCAAGAAAUCCCCGGCAGCAACACUCGUCGACCUUAGAAUCGUACUUGAUAAAACCUAUACAAAGAAUACUCAAGUAUCCGCUGCUGUUACAGCAGCUUAGAAAUCUCACCGAUGAACGAAGCGAAGAACACCAACACUUAAUCGAGGCGCUCAAAGGCAUGGAAAAGGUGGCGGAACACAUAAACGAAAUGCAGAGAAUUCACGAAGAGUACGGCGCUAUUUUCGAUCAUCUGUUCAGGCAACAUCAAAAGUCCUGCAAACAGCCGAUCGACUUAAGUCCAGGCGAUCUUUUGUACUACGGUGGUGUCGAGUGGCUCAAUAUUUCCGACUUUCUCGGCAAGAUAAAGAAAGGUCUCGAGUUACAUGCGAUGUGCUUCGUGUUUAAAUCGGCUGUCGUGUUCCUAUGCAAGGAGAGAUUGCGACAGAAAAAGAAGCUCAUGGGAGUUUCAACGAAGGCUAACUCAAGUGAAGUAGAGAUCAUCCGUUAUCAGGUGCUAAUCCCGGUGACGGAAGUCCAGGUCAGGGCCAGUUCCGCCAAGGAUAUGGAGUCCCACUUCUUGUGGGAAUUGAUUCAUCUAAGAAGUCAAUUACAAAGGAGAUCGGAGAAAGUAUACGUGCUAUCCAACAGUACAACAGAAUUCCGUAAUGCGUUCCUGAAGACGAUCCGACAGAUCAUCCGUGAGUCGGUGAGAAAUAUGAGCAUACCUUCGACGAAGCAGAACCUGAGUCAGGCGCCGAUGUCGAUGGCGCCGCGAAUGUCAACCGGCCACGUGGAAAAAUUUAACAAACAACAGGUCGGUCAGAGCCAGACGCAGAACGGAAAUGGCGUGACGGGUACGCUUUCGAAAAAGGCGAUGAAGCAGCAGCUGCUGUCCAGUUCACAGAAGCGCAAAUACAGCCACUCGAAGCAGCCAGUGGAGCACGAAAGCUCGGAGGAUAAGGAUCAAGAGGACACGCCGGCUCCCCAGCAGCAAACAUUUCGCUCCAGGAGCAAGACCAUAAGCGACACUUCCGGCGAAGCGAAGGUCGAGAUGGAUUCGGGUACAAAGUCGGAAGGUGAGGAAGACUCGCAGGCUUUUUUAGGCGAGAAGAAGACGACUCUCGGCCGCACACCUAAUCAUCUGACGCUGAGCACCACGUCGACUAUCUCGGCGGGAAGUACUGGCAGCCAGGCUAGAUUGAUUCAGUCUUCCCAUCAGCCUGAGAAUUACCAACCCAUUACCGUCAAGGAACUUGGCUCGCCGAUCUGGAAACCACGGGAACUACCCUCCCUGGGGGAGGCCACCACGUUGCCGCGCAAGGGUAAGUCGGCCGGCGAGUUUGCGGACAUGAGCUCGAGCCACAGCGCCUCCCGAAAGUCUCUAAUAGAAAUCAACAAUUCUGCUCAACAACCUAACUUUAAUAAUCACGUUUAAGUUGAAUAAUAUCGAGGCUGACUCGCUAACGAUAAUACCGUUAAGUUCCGCCACCGCCAUUAAACGCGAUCGGCACCAUCACCAUCACCACCACCACUACUACCACCACUACCAUUAUCACCACCAACGACAUCACCUAUCAUCACCAAGUGUAAUACACAGAGAUAAUUAUUCGAUUAUUGCGAUUACUACGAUAACGAUACGUGAGGGACACGCAUCCGCCGCCCACGUGGAAAUUCGCGAAGACUGCGCUUUCUCCCUCCGCUCUCUUCCUCAUUUCGUCUUCCAACAGGAAAUCCGUGUUCGCGUGCAUGUGUGCGACGCAGUCGAUUGCACCGUUUCUACGGGAGCAAGCGAGAUGCUCGAUCGGGCUUCCACCUUGCUCUGGAGAAUCUGAUAGAAACCGAGUAUCUUUUCCUCCCUCGUCGCGUCUUUUGGCGGUCGACGUAUUUAAAUAACUAAACAAUAAAUAAAAAAAAAAUAACGACAUAAUAUUAAAGUUAAGAUAAAGAAUGUGUCAUUAAAUUAAGAUAAGGACGCCCAAUUUAUGGUAAAUAGUUUUGAUUUUGACAAUCGUAACGCGGAUAAUCCCGAAGUCGUAGAAGGUCGAGGCGAUGCCGAGCAGACCGCUGGCUCUGAAAACGAAUAAUCCAACGGCGAAUAAUAAAUUAUUAACGAAUAGCCGCUCUAGUUCUUCGUAAUGAAACGUCGAUCGUGAAAGACUGGAAUAAUAGAAUGAAUAAUGAAAUGUCCCCGAGCUCCAAGAUGCUUACUUCACUUAAUGAAUAGUUUAAGUUCAUUUUUUUUCAGUCGUACGUUCUAUACACAUCGUUUCUUAUUAGCUUCGUUUCUCUGUUUUUAUUACAGCUAACAUUAUAAUUGCGAUUGUAACACUCAGCUUUAAUCUUAGUAGGAAAUUCCUAAAAGCGUGCGUUUGAAGUUAAACAAAAAAAUUUUGGUAUCCAUUUUUAUACGUAAAAAUUUGUUCAUAAACAUGAAGAAGACGAUUUCUUUCAUAUUGCUCGAGUAUUUACGUAUAAAAUAAAGUGCUUGCCAUCCAUAGCAAUCUGUACAUAUAAGUACACGCAGAAAAGGGAGAAGUUCUAAGGCGAGAUUAAAUAAUCGAGGUUGUUAGCGCAACGUGCCUGAGAGACUUAAGAACGAUGGGUCGAAACGUCGCCUCUCGGAUGUCUCCAUUUUAUAGCAUCCAUCGGCAUCAUUUUAACAUCGCCGGUUUUACGAGACGUAAUUCGGUCGCCUCUUCGAGAGUCGCCAGCGAUCGAGGCUUCAUUCUUCGGUCCUGUCGCUCUUAUUUCCGCGUGGACGGCGGCGCAGACGAUCCGGAAAGAUAAUCGACUCUGUAUAUAAUGUAAUGAUAUUUAUCGUCAUACCGCGUCACUAUAAUUACACGUAACCACGUUCGCGAUCGAACGCUCGCGCGUAGGCGCGCUCGUUACGUUGUUUCCCAUCGUUCCACCACCGUUCUCCCACAUCCUCCCAUUUUUUUAU